AUGGAGUCUAUGGGUUGGCUUAUCAUGGUAGGAGAAGACGAGGGUGAAAUUAGUAUGCUACAUCCCUUCUCUGGUGUUCAAAUUGAAUUGCCCCAUCAAAAUACCACCGUAGAUUACGACAAUCAUCGGACUGGCUGGAAGAUGGGCUUUAUUUUCAAGGCAGUUUUGUCAGCUAAUCCUUCUCAUACAUCCGACUACCUUCUCAUGGUCAUUGAUGGAAACGCGAGGUUCCUAAGUUUCUGGAGACCUGGAGAUGUUAGAUGGACUAGAGUUACCUGGGAAGGAAUCAAUUACAAUCUUUUUUCUGAUUUAAUAUAUUUUAAUGGCCAAAUUUAUGCCGUGGAUUAUUCGGGUGAUCUCCUAGUUUGUGAUGUUGCUGAUGUUGUUGGCUCUGAACCCACUAAAGGUCAUAUUGUAGCGCAGAUACCACUUGAACCUCAACAUUGUCGAGAUCACUUAUACAUCCUAGAAUCACUAGGAUCAUUAUUUGUAAUUUUGCGAAAUGGUGUUCAAUUUAGGCCACUCAAAGAUGAUUCUGAAAGGAUUCCAUUAACGCUCCUCCCAGAAGAAGAUGAUGAGGUUGAGGGGGAGUUAACACAUGGGACAACAAUUUUUCGAGUUUUCCAGGUCGAUUUAGCUGCUGGCAAAAUGGUGGAAACCAAGGAAUUAGGGGACGCAGGUUUUUUUCUAGGUGCUAAUGCUUCUCUAUCAGUCCAAGCUUCUCAAUUUCCAGGAAUCAAGCCCAAUCAUAUUUAUUUCACAGACGAAUUUUUUGAAUCAUACCUAUCUUAUGAAGAAGGAAGAGGGUUGGACAUGGGGGUGUUCAACUUAGCAGAUGGCAGCAUCCGGCCGCAUUACAAUAGUGUUUCCCUCAGUCGUUUUUGUCCUCCAACAUGGGUAACACCAACUCUGUAUUGA